UGGCCCAAAAGGUUUCCAGCUUUCUCUUUUAGAGAGAGAGAGACGCCUCCAUUCCCCUCCCUCCUUCCCCUCUCUCUGCGUCCAUGAUGACUUGAUAAAGAAGAGGAAAGAGAGCGGUGAUCAAAAAAAAGGUACCUUUUUCCUCAUCUUUUCCCUCAACUUCUGAGCUAUAUAAUUUGUUACUUCCCCAGGAGGUAUCUGGAGGAUGCCAUCCCGGCCACCGCCGGGGCCGGCGGACCCGCCGGACCCCACCGCCGCCGCUCUCCCGCACCACCACCGCCACAACCACCACCCCCACCACCCCCGCCACCACCCCAUCCUGCUCACCGUGGUGGCCACGGCGGUCGCUCUCACCUUCCUUGCCCUAACCACUGCCUUGCUGGUCAUGCUCCUGUGCCGCCUUGCCCGCGGUGGCGGCGGCUCCACCGCCGAUCUGAAGCCCCCUCCGCCUAACCCCCUCCGCCGGUUCUCAUACUCCGAGCUCCGUCGCGCCACCGCGUCCUUCUCCCCCUCAAACAAGCUAGGGCAGGGCGGAUUCGGCUCCGUCUUCCGAGGCGCCCUCCCAUCCGGCCAGGAGAUCGCCGUCAAGGUCAUGGAUUUUGGCUCCCUUCAGGGGGAGCGCGAGUUCCAGAACGAGCUCGCCCUUGCCGGGAAGAUGCUCUCCAUGGGGUCGUCGCCGGACCGGGGGUGGGUGGUCACUCCUCUCGGGUACUGCUUCUCCGACGAGAAGCGCCACAGUCGAGGGUGGUGGCGGCGGCGGCGGAUGGAGGCGGACGAGGAGGAGGACGAGGUGGUGGAGGCCUCCGCCACCGGCGGAGGAACGGGGCGGAGGCUCCUGCUGGUGUACGAGCUGAUGCACAACGGGAGCCUCCAGGACGCUCUGCUCGACCAGCGGUGCCCGGAGCUCGUGGACUGGGACCGCCGGUUCUCGGUGGCGCUCGACAUCGCCCGCGGCCUUCAAUUUCUCCACGCCGUGUGCGAUCCCCCGGUCAUCCACGGCGAUAUUAAACCCAGCAACAUCCUCCUCGACGCCCGGCUCUCCGCCAAGAUCGCCGACUUUGGCCUCGCCCGCCUCAAGACCCCCGUCACUCACGAGCCCCAAACCGCCACCGCCGCCCCGGCCUCCAAUUUGUCCGACGAUGAGGUGGUCAUCGAGAUCGAUCUGGAUAAGCCCGUGGCCGAUGAUUUCAAAUCCAUUUCGAAUGAUAGGAAGAAGGAGCCAGCGGUGGGAGGAGGAGAAGAUGAUGGUUCCAUCGUGGGAGAGACGGCCGAGAGCACCACGACGACGGUCGGAUUCGAGGAGACGAUCGGAUGUGGGGGCUUAGCCCCCGAGAAAUCCCCAGUGGAAGAUGAGAUCUUUACUACGGCAUCGCCGGUGGAAACAGCAGCGACUUUGGAUGUGGCAUCGACUUCGGAGGCAGGAGGAGGAUUCGAUAUCAUAAGUCUGGAUAGUGAGAAGGAUCCUGCAGCCUCUGGCAGCCAGAAAGGAGGCCGGAAGAAGAGCGGGCUUGGCAGAGACUGGUGGUGGCGGCAGCAAGCUGGUGGCGGACCAAAUUCCGAGUCGGGCGGUGGUGUCAAAGACUACGUGAUGGAAUGGAUUCGUUCGGAGAUCAAGAAGGAGCGGCCUAAGAGUGAUUGGAUUACAGCUCCGACCGCUUCCGCUGAGGAUUGCUUGCCGAAGCCAUUGUCAGGGGGGAGGUCGGAGUGGAAGAAGAAGAAGCGGCGGCGGCGAAUGGAAUGGUGGGCUUUGUUGGAUGAGGAGCAGUCGAAUGACAAGGAGAAGAGCCGGCGAGCGAGGGAGUGGUGGCGGGAGGAGUUCUGCGAGGAGCUCAUGAAGAAGUCUAAGAGAAAUAGUGAGAACAGAGAGCAACAGUGGCGGCAUAAAGACAAGGACUUGGCAUCGCCUUCAGACCGGAGGAAGAGGAGGAAGAAGAGCUGGAGCCGUGGCAGCCGGCCCAGUGUGGACGGGUGGACGGAAGGCAUCAAUGGGGAGAUGAGGAGCACUAGAAGGAGGAGCAGCCAGGACUGGGCGAGCGGGGAGAUCCCGAAUGGCACGGUGAGCAGCACCCCAAGCAUGAGGGGCACCGUCUGCUACGCCGCCCCCGAGUAUGGCGGCGGUGGACCGCUCUCGGAGAAGUGCGACAUCUAUAGCUUUGGUGUGCUUCUCCUGGUUCUGGUAUCAGGCCGGCGCCCGCUGCAAGUGACGGCGUCGCCCAUGUCGGAGUUCGAGAGGGCCAACCUCAUCUCAUGGGCGCGGCACCUGGCGCACUUGGGAAGGCUUCUUGAUCUUGUCGACCCUUCCCUUCGAGCUGUGGACAGGGAGCAGGCACUUCUUUGCAUCAUGGUCGCCCUCCUCUGCCUUCAGCGGUCUCCGGCUCACCGGCCAUCGAUCAAAGUGAUAAUUGGGAUGCUCACCGGCCAGUCUCAGCCUCCGCAGCUCCCAUUGGAGUUCUCACCAUCAUCACCUGGUGGCUUUCCCUUCAAGUCCAGAAAGAAGGCUCGGUGAGUUAGUAAUCUUUAUGGGCAUUAGUUCUUCGUGUUUGUUGUUUACCAUUCUAAAUUUUCCAUCUAAAAUUCUGAAGAAAAAGGGAAGCAAUGUCAUUAAGAAUUCAACAAGAUUAGCGUUCAAUUCCAAUUUUGAGUGUGAAGGAUCCUUUUAAUGCAGUUAGGUUGUAGGGAUCUAAAUUCUUCACUGUUGGUAGAGAAGCAAUUCAAAUCAAUAAAGUACCUUUUGUCCUGGUAGAUUGAAAGGGAUCUUGCCUUUUCAUGUGCAUGUAGGUAUUGCUUUCUGGGCCAUGUGAACUUACUGUACCUUCAUCCUUCUCAGUUCAUUUCUUAUUGCCAGCCAAGCUCUGGCCCCAGUUCCGCCGUGUCUUUUGUUUCAAACUUACGCUGUUAAAAAGAAAAAAUUUCUCAUAGAUUCUCACACUUCCUUUUAGCAAUGACCAGAUUCCCUAUAAGUUGAUGCAAUCACUGUUUCAGAUUUUUUUUUUUUUCCCUGGUGUUAUGUAGUCUUACUUCCCAAUAUCUAUGCUUUUUGAAAAAGACUUCUACUUUCUGCCAUGAGGUUUGCCCGUCCAUUGUUGAUGCACUACCAUGCUAGUAUGGCAUGGUCUUCAGGUUUGGCCUGUUAUGGGCCUUGUCUUGGCAUUCCUGGUCCAAGAAUCCCUACCCAGGUGGAAGAGACUGGAUUCGGGGAGUGGUCCACAUAGUUAGGUAGGGCGGAGUUAGUCAAGGAGAACCUUGGAACCUUAGCAUGUAUCAGACUUCGCAAGGUAAUGAAUAAGUCUUAUGGGUUGUACUAUAACAAUUUGUUCAAAAGUUCAGGAAGUUUUAAAUUCUUUAACACUACUGCAUGAAAAAUAUUUUUCGACUCUACGUGGUUGCUGAUGGCAUGAAUUUUGUAAAUUUUCGGUAACCCCAUAUGACCAAAAUGAUGGUCCUAUUCUUGGGCAUAUGUAUUAAGGGCUGGUCUAUAUAUAUGACUGAUGUUGAUUAGAGUCUGUCAAGUAUUUAAUGCAUUUUUUUUUCCUUUUGUCUUUAAA